AACAAAACCGAUUUAGUAGGCGGUCGAACGUUGAGCGUGGAAGACCCGAAGAAACAGUGAGAGUGCCCUCUUGUUAAAAAAAAAAAAAACAAAGCAAAAAAAACUAUAUAAAUAUUAAAAUGAGUUCCACGUCUUUAAGACUUUUAAGUAAAACCAAAGAAACUGCUCGCAUUGUGAUCGUAGGAGCGGGAUCUGCUGGAAUCGCAGCCGCCACCCGACUUCUGGAGCAGGGAUUCAAAAACGUCCUAGUCCUCGAGGCGGAAGACCGUAUAGGUGGUCGCAUUCACACAAUUCCCUUUGCGGAUAAUGUCGUGGACCUGGGUGCCCAAUGGUGUCAUGGGGAGAAGGGAAAUGCGGUCUUCGAAAAGGUCAAGGACAUGAAUCUAUUGGAUGUUACCGAGCCCCACUACGAGACCUUCAAGUGCGUGCGAUCCAACAAGGAAGUGUUGCCCGAGGAGAUCGCCGAUACCCUCAAGAGUAUAGCAGAGAACUCCAUUCCCGAGAGACAGACAGAGCUCGUUAACUAUCAAGGGUCUCUGGGGGACUACAUUAACUGGAAGUACUGGACAGAGCUGGAAAAACUCCCGCCCAUUGACCGCUCAAUAGCCGAAGAAUUCCUGGAGGUCUUCCAUAAGUUCGAGUCCUCCGUGGAGGCGUCCGAUCACCUUUUCGAGGUCUCCGGCCAGGGCCACCUGGAGUACUGGCUAUGCGAAGGCGAACUCCUGCUCAACUGGCGGGACAAGGGCUACAAGAGCUUCCUGAGAUUACUAAUGAAGUCCAAAGAGGAUGAAGAUCUGGGCAUCCUACAAGGUCAUGUGCUACUCAACAGAAGAAUCGCAGAAAUCAAUUGGCAAGGAGCCGAUGAGGUCACGAUUCGUUGCUGGAACGGGGAGAUCCUCACCGCCGACCAUGUCAUCUGCACAGUGUCCUUGGGCGUGCUCAAGGAGCAGCACCAGCAGCUCUUCGUCCCAGCUCUGCCAGCCGCGAAAGUGAGAGCCAUCGAUGGCCUCAAACUGGGCACCGUGGAUAAGCUUUUCCUGGAGUUUGAGAAGCCACCACUGCCCGAGGACUGGCCUGGCUUUAACUGCCUCUGGCUGCGAAAGGACCUGGAGGAGUUGCGUGCCUCCGAGCUCUUCUGGCUGGAGAGUGUUUUCGGGUUCUACCCCGUCUCCAGACAACCACGCAUCCUCCAGGGCUGGAUAAUCGGACCACAUGCCCGUCAUAUGGAGACUCUCAGCGAGGAGAAGGUACUGGAGGGUCUGCUCUGGCUCUUCGGCAAGUUCCUGCCCUUCGCGAUUGCCCAACCGAUUCGCUUCCGGCGCACCCAGUGGCAUGCGAAUCCCAACUUCCGGGGCAGCUACACCUUCCGCUCCACCUACACGGAUGCGUUGCGAACCGGUGCCUGGGAUCUGGAGGCGCCUCUGUCGGAUGUGGGCGGCCGGCCACGCCUCCAGUUCGCCGGGGAAUCCUCCCACAAGCACUUCUACUCCACGGUCCACGGUGCCGUGGAGACGGGAUGGCGAGAGGCGGACCGGUUGAACGGUUAUUACCGGACACGAACCGCUCGCUUGUGAGCUGUGGCCAGAAGGUGUGACGGCGCAUCCGUGCCAUUGAGAUUGGCCACGGCCAAAUUAAUUGGUUUUAGUCUUUGAUUUUUGUUGAGUUUCCCGCCAAACAAUUCUAGAAGAAAUUUAAUAUAUUUUACUAUAAAAUUUGUUUGUUUUUUUAUAAAAAUUAUUGUAAAUAAAUGGAUAUUAUGUAAAUAGAACUAAAUAAUUUCUGAUUUCCGCUGUAAAUGUAGUGUUUCCUAACUAAUUUCAUAUCUAAUAUCUAAUCACCAUGUUUAAGGUUUUAAAACCACCUUAAAAAGAGUAUUUCAACGAUUAGAUAUGGAAGAUAUAGAGAUUAAAGUUUAAGCACUAUUUGCUACACCAUUUUGGCCAUAAUCUAUAGUUUAAAUCAAUAAUAUAUCAUUCCACUUUUGAAACUCAAACUUUAAGUUCCUCCCACAACUUUAACCCAAUCUGUAAACUUACUCCAUUCUGGUGGAAAAUAAAUGCACUUUGCUUUUCCAUA